CGGUCCAACAUCCUCGAGCGCCAAUGUUGUCUGCCUGGCGGUGACAUAACUUUCACAAUCCGUGUAUACUGCACGCAAUGCUGUGCGACUAAGGGCAGUAGGUACAAGUUCGGCUUCACGACGUGACAGGUGAGCGGCACUUUCGAAGCCGAUACCUCUCUCAAGUACAGACAGGACAACCCAGUUCAUUCCCGCCUGCCAUCACAUCAAUCACAUUCUCAUCAGCAAAAAGACAAUAACAUCGAAACAAUGGCGCUCGACAUGUUCCGGAAACCAGUGUUCGACGCCGACAAGGAAAUUCCAAGUCUAGCAGGCAAAGUCAUCCUCAUCACCGGUGGAACUGGUGGACUGGGUCGUGAGACAGUAGUGUCGUUUGCGAAACACGAUGCAGCGCACAUUUACUUCACUGGACGCUCCCAGCCAUCAGCAGAAGAGACGAUCAGACUGGCCAAAGCAGCAAGUCCAGCCGCUUCGGUGACUUUUAUCAGAUGUGACCUCGCAUCGUUCGCAUCAGUUGAGAAAGCAGCCAAAGAUUUGAUUUCGAGAACCCAGCGACUCGAUAUUCUCAUGGCAAAUGCGGGCAUUAUGGCCCAUCCACCUGGUCUCACCGAAGACGGCUACGAAUUGCAGUUCGGGACCAACCACAUGGGCCACGCACUACUUGUCAAGCUCUUGACACCUCUUCUGCUUCAGACUGCUGAGAGACCCGAAAGUAGAGAUGUGCGAAUAGUCUGGGACACUUCGCUCGGACACAAAGGGCACAACCCCAAGGGAAUCGACUUCGCAAAGCUGAAGACCAAGCACGAGGAUAUUGUGCCUUGCGGUAUGCAAGGCUCAGUUGGGCCCUGGAUCCGCUAUGCUCAGUCGAAGCUGGCGAACCUCAUCUACGCCCGCGCGUAUGCGAAGCAUUACCCACAGAUCACAAGCGUCUCGAUUCAUCCUGGAGUAAGCGCGACUGGCUUGGUAGGAGGGCUUAGUCUGCCACAAAGGAUGUUUGUGUACGCGACGAGUUAUACAAUAAUGAUACCAGCUGAGAUGUGUGCCUGGAACCAGCAAUGGGCUGCGACUGCGCCGCUUGGUGAUGGAGAGAGGCAAGUCCAGACGGGCACAUUCUAUAUGCCAGUGGCCAAGAAGGGCACGACAACGAAGAAGGGAAAUGAUCCGGAGCUUGAGAAGCAACUGUGGGACUGGACCGAGGAGGAAUUCAAAGAGUGGAAGAUCUGAGCUUGUUGUGAGUAAUGUAACAGUAUUGUUUUCUUUCAAAGUAUGGUAUAGGGGACAGGAUAGAUACGCAACGUCUCGAAG